AGCCUGAAGAACCAACUGACAAGAUGUGCAGCGUUGCUAACGCAGUCAAGAGAGUGGACCUCCACUGCCACGCCAACAAUGUUGCCCAUAAUACCCAUGAAAUCUCUACCAGCCGACUAAUUGUGAGACGGGGGCAGCCUUUCAGCAUCACACUGGAGCUGGACUUCGCUUUCAGCACAUCGGACUCAGUCAAGCUCACGGUGGAAACAGGUCGUUUUCCAUCACCAAGCAGAGGGACCAAGUGUACUUUUGGUACCAGAGUACUGAUGUGUGGUGUGGGCACUAAAGCUCCCUGGACCUGCAGCAUCGACGCCAAGUCCGCCCUGAAGUCGGGCUGUGUGACCCUUUCUGUGACCCCUCCAGCUGACGCUCCAGUGGGGAAAUACUCUCUGUCCAUAGAGCUGGGGAGGCCGUCGGCCGUGAAGGAAAGCCUGGUGGUGCUUUUCAACCCCUGGUGUCAGAAUGACUGGGUCCACCUGCCUGACGAAAAGGAACGUAAAGAAUAUGUGAUGAAUGAACAGGGACACAUCUACAGAGGGACGGCCUGCGACUUCAGUCCAAUGUUCUGGGACUUUGGACAGUUUGAGGAAGAAAUGGUGGAUAUUUGCCUCAAAUUGUUGGAUGUCAACCCAAAACACAAGAGAGACCCUGAAGAUGAUGUUUCAGCUCGCUGCAACCCCAUCUAUGUUGGCCGGGUCAUCAGUGCCAUGAUCAACUGCAAUGAUGACAUGGGUGUUUUAGAAGGAUGUUGGGAUGGCGACUACCAGGAUGGCGUUUGUCCAACCAGAUGGACCAGCAGCGUCAGCAUCCUGCAGCGCUGGUUUCAGAGCGGCUGCAAGGCGGUGAAGUACGGACAGUGCUGGGUGUUUGCUGGCGUGAUGUGCACAGUGAUGCGGUUCUUCGGCAUACCGUGCCGCGUUGUGACAAAUUUUGUGUCUGGUCAUGACACAAACAACAGCCUCACGAUUGACGAGUAUUUUGAUGAGUACGGAUUAAAACAAAUGGGAAAUGCAGACAGUAUCUGGAACUUCCAUGUGUGGGUGGAGGGUUGGAUGAAGCGCCCAGACCUGGACCAAGAUGGCCACUACGACGGCUGGCAGGUUUUGGAUCCAACUCCUCAGGAAAGGAGUGAAGGCAUGUUCUGCUGCGGUCCAGCUCCGGUGAGCGCCAUCCACGACGGCCACACCAACCUGAAAUAUGACAUACCGUUUGUCUUCAGCGAGGUCAAUGCUGACAUCGUCAAGUGGAAGAUUAAAGCCGACGGCUCAAAGAUAAAAAUGAAAUACCUCACUGACACGGCGAAGGUGGGCCAGAAAAUCUCCACCAAGGCUGUUGGCAGCACAGCAAUCAAUGAUCUGACAGACACCUACAAAUAUAAAGAAGGCUGCAUAAUGGAGAGAGUCGUGUUUGACGAUGCUGUCAGACGGCUGAACGCACCGGGCCACGAUGUUGGGCACGGCACCUGUAAAGUCCUCGUGGUAAGAGAGGUGGAACUGUCAUUGGAGAAAACCUGUUUAAGGAAUUCACAUGACAUCAAACUGAACCUGAAGCUGAGCAACAGAGGUCGCGGUGUGAAAUCGAUGUCCAUCUUUGUGAAUGCCCAAGUCACAAACUACACUGCAACCAAAGUGACGAACGUCCUGCAUGAUUCCUAUGUCCAAAAACUGAUGGCUGGACAAGCUGUGAAUAUUCCCAUCCUGAUCCCAUACUCGGCCUACUGUAAAUACGCCGUUACCCACGACAGCAUGAAGGUGUCGGUCGACGCCACAGACGAAAACGGUGACAUCUAUGCGACCGACACUGACAUCACCCUGGAAGAUCCGCCCAUCUCCGUUAAGGUUCUGGGUGAAGCUCGUCUGCACCACCCGGUGACGGUUCAGGUGGAGUUUAAGAACCCGCUGAAUGAGACGCUGAGGUUCUGCUCUUUGACCAUCAACGGCUCCGGACUCUUCAGAUCCGAGCUCUUUGAGAGCAUCGGAGACCUGCCAGCCAACACGACUCUGACGCACCAAAUCCAAACCACCCCCUACAGAGCUGGACUGAAGACGGUGGUGGCCGACUUUGACUGCAGCACCUUCAGAGACGUGAAGGACAGCUGCACCGUCUACAUCAAGCCUUGAGUCAUUGCCUUGGAGUCUCUGAUUCUGCAAUCUGCGACAUUAAAACUGGGCUUCAGGGCUUUUUGGGGACAUUUAACCAAAAAUAUUUACUCAUUUAAUUAUGGUUUUUUGGUUAAUUAAAUCUUAAAUAAUUUCCCUG